AUGUGGCCCAGCUGUCGGUGCUGAUCCAGAAGCUGGUCCCUGGCUCCCGGCUGGUGGAGGACAUCGGGCACGAGGUGCUCUUUGUCCUGCCCUACAGCGGGGCCAAGGAUGGGGCCUUCGGGGACCUCUUCCGCGAACUGGACGCCCGCCUGGGGGAACUGGGCAUCUCCAGCUAUGGCAUCUCCGACACCACCCUGGAAGAGAUCUUUCUGAAGGUGGCCCAGGACAUGGGGGUGGACACUGACAUGGCAGGUAAAAUGCCUUGGUGCUGGCUGGAGCUGAGCUUCAGGGUGCCGGGCUAUGGGAUGCAAAGGGGCACAGGCGAUGUCCUGCAGAACCUGACAGGCAGGAACAUCUCCGACUACCUGGUGAAGACCUACCCCCAGAUCAUCCGCUGGGGGAUGGCCACCUCGGUGGACGUGCUGGUCUCCAUCUGCGUGAUCUUUGCCAUGUCCUUCAUCCCGGCCAGCUUCGUGCUCUUCCUCAUCGAGGAGCGGGUCAGCAAGGCCAAACACUUGCAGUUCGUCAGCGGGAUGAAGCCUGUCACCUACUGGCUGGGCAACUUCGCCUGGGACAUGUGCAACUACCUGGUCCCUGCGCUGCUGGUCAUCCUCAUCUUCCUCUGCUUCCAGCAGAAGUCCUACGUGUCCUCUGCCAACCUGCCCUCCUUGGUCCUGCUGCUGCUGCUCUAUGGGCGGCGCAGGGAGGCUCCGGCGGUGGACCGGCUCUGCAUGGCCAUUCCCCCUGGGGAGUGCUUCGGCCUCCUGGGGGUGAACGGCGCAGGGAAGACCUCCACCUUCAAGAUGCUGACGGGAGACACGGAUGUGACGCUGGGGGAGGCCUGGCUGAAAGGGCACAGUGUGCUCACCGACCUGCAGUCCGUCCACCAGCACAUGGGUUACUGGCCCCAGUUCGACGCCAUCACGGACCUGCUGACGGGGCGGGAGCACCUGGAGUUUUACAGCCGCCUGCGUGGUGUCCCGGAGGAGGAGACCCCCAGGGUGGCUCAGUGGGGCAUCGCCAAGCUGGGGCUGGGGCCACAUGCGGACCGGCCGGCGGGCAAGUACAGCGGGGGCAACAAGCGCAAGCUCUCCACGGCCAUAGCCCUCCUCGGCUCCCCGCCCGUCGUCUUCCUGGUGAGCGGGGGCGGUGGGGGGGGGGUCCCACGGCAGCACCUGGCCCCUGCCCAGGCUGACACCGCUGCCGGGGCUGUUGCAGGAUGA